AUGUCUGGCAGACUAGAUCAAUCUCUUGAUUCAAUCAUCGAUAGUCAGAAGAAGGCGAAGCGCGAUGUUCGUCGUCGCAAGGUUGGAAAGGGCGCUGGUGCAAGCGCUCCUGUCGGAGGCGUGAAGAAGUCAACCAGACCAGCCAAGUCGGCCAUCAAACCUGCAGUCGGCAGCUUCGCCCUACCAAAAUCAAGCAAGAUCGUCGUCAGUGGACUGCCCCACGACGUGAACGAAGCCCAGAUCAAGACGGAUCUACGAGGAAGAGAUGAAGAAGAUGUCGAGACUGGAGAGAUCAUACCUGAGAACCACAUGGCCACGCUGGCAAUGCUGGCUUUACCCAAGGCGGGCAUCUUCAACUCGCGCCUCGCUCGCAAUUCACUCUCGCGACGCGUUGUACUGAGCCUACGAUAG